AGGCGGCCCCAGCACCCCCCCUUUUCUCUGCCCCCCGCCCCCGAGGCGCGGUCAUGGACCCGUUGGAUCCGGCCUGUCCUGGCCCAGCUCAACACCUGAUUUUGGCAAGGUGACCAUUCUGGCUGCUAGCGUGAGUGUGCCAGCCUGGGUGAGGAGGCAGAGACAGCCUGCCAGGGCUUCUCUCACUUGCCUGAUGUCAGAGGCCAUGGACCAGCCGGCUGAGAGCCCUGGAAACCCGAAGCCUGGAGAGGGUGGUGAUGGCAGCAUGGAGCCGGGCACCUGCCAGGAGCUCUUGCACCGGCUGCGGGAGCUGGAGGCAGAGAACUCGGCACUUGCCCAGGCCAACGAAAACCAGCGGGAGACCUACGAACGCUGUCUGGACGAGGUUGCCAACCACGUGGUGCAGGCACUGCUGAACCAAAAGGACCUGCGGGAGGAGUGCAUCAAGCUGAAGAAGAGGGUGUUUGACCUGGAACGGCAGAACCAGAUGCUGAGCGCGUUGUUUCAGCAGAAACUCCAGCUCACGGCAGGCUCCCUCCCUCAGAUCCCACUCGCCCCACUCCAGCCACCGUCAGAGCCCCCAGCCUCCCCGUCCCUGAGCUCCGCCGAGGGACCGGCCACCUCGCUGCCUCUGGGACGUUGUGCUGGACAGAGAGAGGUGUGUUGGGAGCAGCAGCUGCGGCCCGGAGGCCCAGGACCCCCAGCCGCCCCUCCCCCAGCGCUGGAUGCCCUAUCCCCGUUCCUUCGCAAGAAGGCCCAGAUCCUGGAGGUGCUGAGAGCCCUGGAAGAGACUGACCCCUUGCUCCUCUGCUCACCUGCCACCCCCUGGCAGCCUACAGGCGAGGGCCCCGGCUCCCCAGAGCCCAUCAACGGCGAGCUGUGUGGCCCGCCCCAGCCUGGGCCCUCUCCCUGGGCCCCCUACCUGCUGCUAGGUCCUGGUAGCCUGGGAGGCCUGCUGCACUGGGAGCGCCUCUUGGGGGGCCCAGGGGAGGAGGAGGGUGCUGGGCUGUCAUGGGGCCCUGGUCGGGGCUCCCUGCAGGCCCAGGGCACGGGUUCUGGGCCUCCCUGUGCCCCAGGCAGCAGCUCCUCCUCCUCUUCUGAUGAGGCAGGUGACCCCAAUGAGGCCCCCAGUCCUGACACCCUGCUUGGGGCCCUGGCCCGAAAACAGUUGAACCUGGGCCAGCUCCUUGAAGACACAGAGUCUUACCUACAGGCCUUCUUGGCCGGGGCUGCUUGCCCACUCAGCGGGGACCACCCGGCUCCCAGGCAGCCAUCCUCCCCAGACCCGGGGCCCCCGCAACUGUCCAAGUCCAAAGGCCUCCCCAAGUCAGUUUGGGCCGGGGGUACCCCAGAGGCCCACAGGCCGGGCUUCGGUGCUACCUCAGAGGGCCAGGGGCCCCUCCCCUUCCUCAGCGUGUUCAUGGGUGCAGGGGACGCCCCCCUGGGUGCUCGGCCUGGCCACCCCCACUCCUCAUCUCAGGUGAAAAGCAAGCUCCAAAUUGGUCCCCCUUCUCCUGGGGAAGCCCAGGGACCCCUUCUGCCCUCUCCAGCCAGAGGUCUCAAGUUUCUAAAGCUGCCUCCAGCCUCAGAGAAGGUCCCUAGCCCAGGGGGCCCCCAGCUCAGCCCCCAGCUCCCCCGGAACUCUCGAAUUCCCUGUCGGAACAGUGGUUCAGAUGGCAGCCCCUCCCCGCUCCUGGCCCGCAGGGGUCUGGGCGGAGGAGAGCUGUCCCCAGAGGGGCCACAGGGCCUGCCCACCAGCCCCUCACCCUGCGUCACAACCCCAGACUCCGCACAGCUCAGACCUCCCCAGCCAGCCUUGCCCACUGCGCUUUCCCCGGGACCAGUGGUGUCUCCUUGCUAUGAGAACAUUCUGGACCUUUCCCGGAGCCCCUUUAGGGGGCCUUCCCCAGAGCCUCCUCCAUCCCCCCUGCAGGUGCCCACCUACCCCCAACUAACUCUGGAGGUGCCCCGGGCCCCUGAGGUCCUCAGGAGCCCUGGAGUCCCAUCCAGCCCUUGCCUCCCAGAAUCCUGCCCCUAUGAGAGCACCCAAGAGAAGAGUUUGGACAAGGCAGGCUCGGAGUCUCCCCAUCCUGGCCGCAGGCCCCCAGGCAGCUCAUCCAAGAAGCCUGGCCAGGGGGCAGGGCGGCGACCUGGGGAUCCUGGCUUUACCCCCUUGAGGGACAGACUGGCAGCCCUGGGCAAACUGAAGACUGGCCCCGAGGGGCCCCAGGGCCCAGAAAAGAAUGGGGUGCCAACCAGGCCUGGCACAGAGAAGGCCCGGGGAGCAGGAAGGUCAGGGGAGAGUCCUGGGGACAUGGUGCCCCCUGCCUCCAGGCCCCCUGAGCCACCAGAAGUCAAGGGGGCUCUGCGGGGGGCGGUGGCCUCAGGCACAAGCAGCCUGAAACAACAGGAACCUGGGCUCCUGGGAGACCCUGGGGCCCGUGUCUACUCCUCCCACUCCAUGGGGGGCCGGGUGGACCUGGAGCCUAUCUCACCAAGGAGCUGCCUCACCAAAGUGGAGCUGGCCAAGAGCCGGUUGGCAGGGGCCCUGUGUCCCCAGGUACCCCGCACCCCUGCCAAAGUGCCAGCCUCAGCCCCCAGCCUGGGCAAGCCCAAUAAGAGCCCCCAUGGCAGCCCGACAAAGCUGCCUUCUAAGUCACCCACCAAGGUGGCACCCCGACCUGUGGGCCCACCAGCCACCAAGGAGGCCCCCAAGGCGGACAAGGGGAAGGGCCCGCCUUGGGCAGACUGUGGCGGGACGGUGGCCCAGCCUGCACCCCCAGCGCCUGGCCCUGCCGACCCCAGCCCAGGCCCCGAGGGGCGGCCCCCACACUCAGCCAUCGAGGAGAAGGUGAUGAAGGGCAUCGAGGAGAAUGUGCUGCGGCUUCAGGGCCAGGAGCGGGCGCCCAGCACCGAGGCCAAGCACCGCAACACCAGCAGCAUCGCCAGCUGGUUCGGCCUUAAGAAGAGCAAGCUGCCAGCGCUGAACCGCCGCACAGAGGCCACCAAGGGCAAGGAAGGGGCCAGCGGGGGCUCCCCGCUCCGGAAGGAGGUCAAAGUAGAAGCCCGGAAGCUGGAGGCUGAGAGCCUCAACAUCUCCAAGCUGAUGGCGAAGGCGGAAGACCUGCGCCGGGCGCUGGAGGAGGAGAAGGCCUACCUGAGCAGCAGGGCCCGGCCGCGGCCUGGAGGCCCAGUGCCAGGGCCCACUGCAGGCCUGGGGCAGGUGCAGGGCCAGCUGGCCGGCAUGUACCAGGGGGCGGACACCUUCAUGCAGCAACUGCUCAACAGGGUGGAUGGCAAGGAGCUGCCCCCUAAGAGCUGGCGGGAGCCCAAACCUGAGUAUGGUGAUUUCCAGCCAGUGGCCUCUGACCCUAAGAACCCCUGGCCAGCCUGCGGGCCCCGAAAUGGCCUGGUGGGCCCACUUCAGGGUUGCGGAAAACCUCCUGGGAAGCCAAGCAGCGAGCCAGGGAGGCGGGAAGAGAUGCCCUCAGAGGACAAUCUGACCGAGCCAGUGCCCACGUCACACUUCACAGCCUGUGGCUCUUUGACUCGAACCCUGGACAGUGGCAUUGGGACCUUCCCACCCCCAGACCAUGGCAGCAGUGGGACCCCCAGCAAGAAUCUGCCCAAGACCAAGCCACCUCGGCUGGAACCCCCGCCCGGGGUGCCCCCAGCCCGGCCCCCACCGCUUACCAAAGUCCCCCGCCGUGCCCACACGCUGGAGCGUGAGGUGCCCGGCAUAGAGGAGCUGCUGGUGAGCGGGCGGCACCCCAGCAUGCCAGCCUUCCCGGCCCUGCUCACUGCUGCUCCCGGCCACCGGGGCCAUCAGACCUGUCCCGACGGUGAGUGCCUGGGCAGGUGUGGGGGGGGGCCCUCCGGGAGCUCCACCCACCAUCCACGUUCCCCUUGUCCCUGGACAGAUCCCUGUGAAGACCCAGGCCCUCCCCCUCCCGUCCAGCUGGCUAAGAACUGGACCUUCCCCAACGCAAGGGCAGCCGGCGGCUCCUCUGACCCUUUCCUGUGCCCUCCCCGGCCACUGGAGGGGCUACCCAGGACCCCCAUGGCCCUGCCCGUGGACCGCAAGCAGAACCUGGAGCCCAGCAGGCCAGCCCCUGCGCUCCAGGGCCCGGCGUUUGGGGGCAGCCGCACCCCCAGCACAUCGGAUGUGGGCGAGGAAGGGAGAGUGGCCAGCGGGGGCCCCCCGGGGCUGGAGACCUCGGAGUCUCUGAGUGACUCGCUCUACGACUCGCUGUCCUCCUGCGGGAGUCAGGGCUGAGCGGCUGCGCGCGCCUCGGCCCCUCUCUGGACUCGGAGAGCGCGGACUGGACCUGCUCUCCUUACGCCCGCCCCCUCGGGGCCCGCGGGGCCCCUCCCCGAAGGGACCAAGGAGGCAGAUGGACAGGAAGGGGAAGGGGGUCCCCGGCACACCCCGCUGCCCGCCGCCGCCGCCGCCGCCGCCGUGGAGGAGAUGACCGCUCUCAGCUCAGGGAGAGACCCCACCCUUGGUCCCUUCUCUCACCCAGAGUAAGGCUCUUCUUCUGAGGGACUGGGGCUUCCAGGCCGCUGUGUCCCGGCCCCCAGCUCCUGCUUCAGACUGAGCCACCUUGUGGUGCUGGGCUUCUGCCCACCGGCCGUGCCAUCUCACCCACCCUGGCGGCUCCCCCUGCCCUGGAGCCCCCGCUGGUGCAGUCUAGGAGCGAGGGGUCAAGUUGCCUUCUGUCUGUGUCUGCCCCGGUCCUCCCAGAUGUCUGGAUGGUGCUGCCCUCCCCUGCCCCGUGUCUUUGGGGUCCAUUUGUCUGUCUUUUUUUUUUUUUUUUUUAAUUAUUAUUAAAGCUCCUGGCCCGGUCCCACCCCACUAUCCCCGCACUGCGGUUAAUUUAUGUGUCGUUUAAAAUGCGGCUGCUCUGCUUCCAGCCUCUGCUUCUGCCGUAUCCCUAAUAAAAUGUGGAGGCCUCUCCCUGCCCA